UCUUCAGGAUAACUAGAACAUUCUCAAAAUUAAACUAAUUUUACUACAUUACCUCUCUAUCUUUUUAUGCAAAUGCUAAAUAAACUUUAAACAUAAUAUUAAAUUACUUCUAAAUUUUGUUACUUUCUUAAUAGAAACCUUCAUAGAUUAAUUACUACCUGAAUUCAUUAUAAAUAUACUUAUAUUAAUUCUAAAAGAAUGAAAAUGGCAUCAAAGGGAGAUGCUUUCAGCACCACUGAUGACUCAGAUAGUGUGGUAAAUGAUUGGGAAUUUUGCUCAUCCUGUGGCACCAUCAUCAACACCACCAAUCCCCAACUCCCCAAAAACUGUGUUGCUUGUGAACAUCCUAUUGAUACUGCUGCAAUUAUUGGAAGAGUGAAGAAGUACACAUUGAUUUUGACUCCAUGGGACUACUAUUUGGGGAGUAAGAAGGCCAAGAAAGCUGCUAUGUUGCAGUCUCAGGAGGGGCCUGGAGGGCCUACAGAUGAGUCUCGUAACUGCAGCAAGUGUGGCCACAGAGGCAUGCAGUACACCACAGCCCAACUCAGAUCAGCAGAUGAAGGACAAACUGUCUUUUAUUUUUGUGUCAAGUGCAAGCAUCGCGAGAUGGAGAACUCCUGAUCCCUCCAUUGGAUUAGAUGGAGCAUCCGAGGCGAAUAUAUUGGCUGUGAAGAA